CAGCCCCCGGGGGCCGGCGGUGCAGGGCGGUGAGAGAGGUGCUGGGGGCGAUGGAGGGAGAGAGGCGCGCGUUUAUUUGUGCGUGGAAUUAGAGGGAUGGAGCACCAAAACUUGGCUCCAACAGCGCUAACCACCAGAUUCCGGUUGUUGUGUUGAUUAUUUAUUUAUUUUUGAGGGGAGGGUUGGAUUUUUAUGGUGGUUUUGAGGCGUGGGGGCAGGCAGGUCCCCUGCCCGGAGCCCGCAGCGGGUGGGAGGGCCGGAGGGGCAGCCCGGUCCCCGGCCGGCAGCCCCGCAGCCCCGUGCCGCCCGGCCGGUUGCGCGGCGCUCCGGCCGGGGAGGUGGCACAGCCCGCUGCGGUAGCUGCCAUCCGUCCUCAGGGGCGCCGCAGCGCCCGGCGCUGCCAGCCUGGCAGCUCCUGCCGCUGUCGGGGUCCCCGCAGGCGGCGGGUGGAUGGAGGAUACAGGGAAGGAGGGAGCAAGCCGGGGGCGCUGGGAGCGCUGCCUGCCUGCCUGCCGGCGCCGUGCGGAGCGGGGGAGCGCCCGCAGGCCGGGGGGAGGAGGCGGGCGGCGGCGGGGGCAGGCCCAGAGCCCAGCCGAGCCGAGCCUCCCCGCAGCGCCGGGGCCCCGGCCGGAGGAGGCACGGCUCUCCCCGCUGCUGGUAGGCGAUUUUAGUCUCGUUUCGCUGGACGGUGGAGCUGAUGGCUACAGGCCACCUCUGUAAAAGGGGGUGUAAACUUGAAGAACUCGGGCUUUUUCAGUUAAAAUCUUCACUUGUAUCGCAGCACAGCAAACAUGCCUGAACAAAGCAAUGAUUACAGGGUGGUUGUGUUUGGAGCAGCAGGGGUUGGCAAAAGCUCCUUGGUCCUUCGUUUUGUAAGGGGAACUUUCAGGGAAACCUAUAUCCCUACAAUUGAAGAUACGUACCGGCAGGUAAUCAGCUGUGAUAAGAGCAUCUGCACCCUUCAGAUCACAGACACCACGGGAAGCCAUCAGUUCCCUGCUAUGCAGAGGCUGUCUAUAUCCAAAGGGCAUGCUUUCAUCUUGGUGUACUCUGUCACCAGCAGGCAGUCCAUGGAAGAUCUUCAGCCCAUCUUUGAACAGAUUUGUCAGAUUAAAGGGGACAUCCAAAAAAUCCCAAUCAUGUUGGUGGGUAACAAAAGUGAUGAGACCCAGAGGGAGCUGGAUGCCAGCGAGGGGCAAGCGUUAGCCAGCAAGUGGAAAUGCUCCUUUAUGGAGACAUCAGCCAAAAUGAACUACAACGUGCAGGAGCUCUUCCAGGAGCUCCUGAAUCUCGAGAAGAGGAGAACUGUCAGUCUCCAGGUGGAUGGAAAGAAAUCCAAGCAGCAGAAAAAGAAAGAUAAACUGCAAGGCAAGUGCUCUGUGAUGUGAUUGACUUUGGCUGGACUCACACCACUGCAUGGUAUAAUCGGAGCAUGGACUCCCACAGAAAAUUCAUUUCUGCUGGAGGUUUCAAACAAAUCCAUGCCUUGUAGGGCUAUUGCUUUUCUCUAAAAUCUUUGCAGGAUUAUUUAAUGUGUUAAAGAGGAUGGCUUUCUGCAUGUGUAUUUUUUUUUUUAAAUAAUAAACAUUCAGUGUUAGCAAUUACAUGUGACUAGAAGUUUUUAAUGCAAUAAGUUUACAUAAAAGGAAGUCAGAAAGAAACAUUUCUACUCCUGUGAGUACAUGCUAGUUUUCAAGUAUUCGUAGCCUAUUAGCUUGAAAUAAAUCAUGGUAUCUAUAAUGUGUAUACUUACAAAAAUUGUUUUCAGGAAUCUAUAGACCAGGGCAAAUCUUUAUCAAAGCCAGGCAUUUGCACUGCAAAUGAACGUAGAUGUGGCUCCAGAAGCUUAAAUUUCUGGCACACUGGCCUGCCUACCCAAGACGCUUUUUAUUUUCAUGGUGAAAGUUAUGUUUUCCUGUGUGCUGUCCAAUUCCUGAGUCUUCUGCAGUUCUGUGAGUGAUUAAAGUUUUAUCUGCAUAUAAUCAGGCUGUUUGCUUUAUUCCCCCCUUUACACGGGCUUCCCCUGUUUGCUGAGGUAGAAGGUUCCACAUGCCUUGGCUCUAAAUCUGGGGGUGAUUCCUGGUGUUCUUAAGCAGGAGCUGCUUCCUUCAUGAAGGCAAUUAGGCUGUUCUAAGUACCAGUUGGUGUAGUGGUUGGUUAUCCUGGCCAUUGGCCUUUCCUUUCUCAACUGCCAGUCUGGUUUUCCGUAUGACGGAAGCUACUUUUGCAAUCUUUCUGGAGCUCCCUUAGCUAUCCCCCCCCCCUUACUUCAUCCAAAUUAUCCAGGUUUUAGAUUAGGCAUAUGACAAGACAGUUCAGGUACCACUGCGUCAGGAAGAAACAUUGACCCCUGGAAGCUCUAUGUUUAAAGCAAACUCCUCUCUUACAGAAACUUUCAGCAGAUACCUCCCACAAAUCGAAGGACUGGAGACACAGGCUUAGUCUAUAUCCCUUGUCUGCCUCCCACCCCAUGCCCUGCUUUUUUUUGGCUAUUGGUAACAAGAGACAAGCACGAUAAGCCUCAUCUGCAGUGCAUGGUUGAGAAAGAUUUCAAGACAGUAAGUGCAAGUAUUUGCUAUCAGCCUAUGCUGUAGAUCUUCUACUUUGUGUAUGUAUUGGUCCAAGCAGAAGACUGUAAGGACUUCAGUAUUGCACUGUAGAUUUGAUUUUUACUCAGCGGCAUAGUCUUGACACAAGAGGCAAGGGAGAGAGGAGUUGCUUCUUUUUAUAGCGCUUCUCUAGUGAAAUGAUUUUAUUGUUGAAGGUGAACAAAAUAUGGAACAGGAGAUGCUGGAAAGUACAUGCCCUUAGUUUGAAAGCAUCAGUGUCUAUUAAUAACUGCUGGUUUUCUACAUAAGAUGGUAUAGAAGGACCUGUUCUCUCUGCCACACAUGAACAAAUAAUGGCUGAGUAAUACACAAAGCCACAAGGUUCAUAUCCAUGUUAACAUCUUGCAUACCUGAACAACUCUUACAAUCAGUGCUGGGUCCUGAUGCUCCAUUGUCUCCUAUGUCUGUCUGUGAGCUGCUUUUCUGUCUCCUCAGGCUGUUCCUUCGCACACAUAAGGAGGCCAUUAGCUCCGUGUGUGCCAGGGGCAUUUGUCCCAGUUACAGCUGGAGCCCUCGCACAGUUUGAUUCAGCAGAAAAUCUUACUCAUUAUGAUUUCAGAAACCCAAGCAAGUUCUGCAUUAGGUGCUGACUGAAAUGUUAUCCUUACCUGCCAAAAUAAAGUGUGGAUUUGCCAAGCUGAUACAAAGGCUCUACACCUGAUUUUUCUUAUUGGAGAUGAUAUCCCACAGGUCCUGUGAGCUUCCUGUUCUGGAGUAGUGGCGCUGGCUGGUGUAGUCCUGUGUGCCACUGCUGUGUGCAACCUUCACUUCUGUUGCAGCCAGGGGUGAGUCAGGCGGAAGGGUGGCUGUAGAAGCAGCCAUAGUGGCUUUGCAUGAAAAUAACUCUUGCUUUUUCCUAACUUUGUGCAUGGAUUUUGAUCUCUCUGUUGCUUCAUUUCCAAGCAGUUAUGCAGUGCUUCUCUGUGGGUUGUUUUUAGCAUCUGGCAAUUAUUAUUGCAAAGACUGUUCCAGUUCCAUUCCAGCCUUUGAAACCCCGAUAAGACAUUUUAUAUUUAAGCCUUUUUAAAAUGUCACAAGGCCUAAUAAUGUCUCUACAACUCCCACUGCCUUCAUGGAGAUGCCUGUGCAAAGGCAGGGCAGCGUGUAUCUGUGAUUAUUCACACAGCCGAGAUGUUCUGUAAUGUAUCAUUUGCACUGCGGUGUUUUUCCUGUAUGAGGUAUGGAGAUCACUGAGGACUGGGGUCUGGCAGAGCACAAGUACCAUGAACUAAACAGGCUCAAUCCCUCCUGCACCUGGCAGAAUUGCUAGCAGAGCCCCCAGGCUGCCUUUGGUGGCUGCAGAGGAAGGCCCGUGGGACUGCGUGGGCGAUGGAGAUGCUCAGGUGCUCCUGGUGAUGCAGGAUGGCGGUGUGGGGGUACCAACGCCCCGAGUCCCAGACUAGCAGCCUAGAGCAGACCGGGAACGAGUGAUGCCUGGUGUGGCUGCUGUUCAUGCUGUGUAAAGCAUCUAUGUUUUGGGUAUGCUAGAUCAAUUGUAUUGUAAAUUAUUAAUAAAUUGUAUAAUUAUAUUUGUUUCCA